AUGGGAUCGGGACAAAGUAAGGGACACUCAAAACAAAAAACUAUAACUUCCUCGGGAUUUUUGGGAAGGGAAAGACAAGUUCAGGUAAAAGCAGUCGGCCAUUUUAUAGAUCUAACACAGAGGAUUCAUAUUGUCAGGGGCACCCACGUCAAUUUUUGGAAAAUAUCUGUUCGGAAGACGAUUUGAGAUCUAGAAUUUUCGGAACAUUGUUGGAAAAUUUCUUGCUUGCCUGCCUCUCCUAGGACUUUCAAACAUCCAAAAAAUGGUAUAAUUGCCCAUUUUGAAACGGAUUUUUUUACCCUAAAAAGGUCACCUAGAAUUUACGGGAGCCUUUUUCUGGCUGAAAUUUUCGAAAAGGUAAGUUUUGAUUCCUAUAAUUUCCCGAUCACUAGACUUUCAGCUAGGAAAUCCGAACAGAUGAAAAAUUUUUAGGGGAUAACAAUAUGCCUAUUUACCGUUUAACUACAAAACGUACUAUUUACCGUUUUACUAAAAUACGCUUAACAAUGCUAUGUUUAAGUGGUUUUGAUCUAUAUUCUCGUUGGGUGCCCCUGAUAUUGUUUUCACCCUAUGAACUAAAAACACAACUACUUGAUGCCAAGUCGGCCAUCAAAAAGAACUAGUACUAAUUUGAAUAACGUCUAGUCACUUCUUCAGUCUGAACGCUCUUAUCUUCAGCUUCGCAAGCAUUUUGGUAUUAGGAAAUAGGCUUAUUGGUUCCACGGUUUUUUUUUUCAACUUUUGACAUGGGAAAAUCCGUCAAAUCCGUUGGAAAGAGUCCCUUUCAAUUAGUAAAAAAAGCACUAAAGCACUUUCUUUGAGUGUCAACGUAUUUAGCACGAAAGUACUAACUGGGACACUAUUUUAACGUCUUCUGGCUGGAGACGGGAACGCCAUUUUUUAUGGUCACCCGCGAAGGUCUAGCCACUUGCAGUGCAAAUGAAAUACCAGGAUUUUUCCUUUUACUAAAAAAUUAUAUCUUCAUCGCGCGCAGGGAAGAUACUAUUUUUAUCUUUCACGUGUGAGGAUACUGGUGUUGGCCUGGUUACGAAAAUAAAUAAAAGAAAAAGUUGUGUUUUAUGUAGGAAUUUCACCAGCAUCUAUAAAAUAAACAGAACAUUACAUGGCCGCUUGGGGAUACGAAUUUGAUCUUCUCGUGCUGAAAGUAUCUCUCUACCGACUUUUCACGCUUAUUACAUCUCAUUCAAUUCGUCAAAUGUUGGCAAUUUUUUUCUGGAGUUGAAUUCUAAAAGACUGUAUCAAAGGUCAGUUCGGUUGUCGUCUUGUGUUCCCGUCCUCCACAAAACGUGAAAUUAGGUAUUUUCACGUCCUGGUCGCGCAGUGACGGCAAGGAAAUGUACAAAAAAGCGUGACGCACGUGCAACGUUGUUGUUUUCCCAAUUUAAACCUAUCGCUUUUUUGCCGUUCUCGUUGAUGUCGCCGUCGUCGUUGCUUAAGCUUCGUAUUUAUUUUGGAAAUGAAUCUACCAUUAAAUAUUUUCAUUUACAAUAAUCGUAUUUUGAUUUGUCUGUUUGCGGUACUAUGAUUACAACGUUAGAAUCCCUGUAGAGGAGAUCAAUGGUCGAGCUAUAGGAAGAGAAAUCACUCGACGCUGCGGAAACGAAGGGCAGCAUCGAUAUCUGAAUAACGUGGAUUGGACCACAUUGAGAUUUCUGAGAGCAGCCAACUCAUUGCUCCCUGAUGCUAGGGACGAUGGCGCCAACAUGAGAAAUUGUGCCUUCAUUCUUAGACAACCCGGAAGGGAGUUUGUCAUCAUUUCUGGAAACGGAGAUUGGGAGUAUGAUUUCUCUGAAGACGCCGAUGGCGAGAUUUAUGGCCGCUGUGUACGCAAGCCCUUUCUGCGCUAUGCUUGGGAUGGAGCCAAGUCAGCAGUUGUUCGCAUAUUCUCGUUUGUUGCUUCAACUGCAGUCGGAUUUUUGACGGGAGGUCUCUAUGGCGGUUCGAAGGCUUUGACAAAUUAUUCACAUUACUGAUAACUUACUUGUUUACUUGCGUGUAAAUACAAAGCACAAGUUACAUCAUUUUAGUCUUCUCGAGUUGAGUUAGCUAAGUUUGCUAUUUAGCUGUGGAGUUUACACAACUGUAGCUCCCACUGAAGGGGCUCAACCUGUUAGUAAUUCUGUGUACAAGAGGUCAGUGAGUAUAACUCCCUCGCUUUCUUUAAUGUUUCAUUCACACGCUGUAUUUUUCGUAAUUCUUUUUAUUUUAAAUAAGCUUUUGCUUUGUUCUUAG